UCGAAUCAAGGACGUGCCUGGAGGAAAACGAUUCCUGAGUACUUCCCAAAAGCGAAAAGAAAGAAAAAAAAAAAAGACCACCACCACUCUCACCUCCAGGAAAGGCAAAUCCACAGGCCUGUUCCAGCAAUGUUGAAGCAGCAGCACCACCACCAAGUCACAAUUCAUGGAGUCAAGACCGUGGUUUCAAUUCAUCCCUCCCAGCUCGCAAUCCACCCCGUCUCCAAGCUCGACAGCAUCCUCGGCAACUUCUACCUCCACACUGUCAUCUACUUCGACAAGGUACCUACUUCCUCUCCCUGGGAAGUCGAAAGAGAGGAGCUCAACUUCUCCCUGGCCGAAGUUCUCGAUCUUUUCCCCUCCGUGAGCGGGAGGCUGCGGGUGCUGGACAACGGCAACCUGGGAAUCAAGAGCAACGAUGCCGGCAUCCGAGUCGUGGAAGCAACCUGCGACUCGAGCCUCCGGGAGUGGCUCGAGGCGGAAAAGGACGGAUCCAACCGGCAGCAGCUUCUUCCGGAGGUCCGAAUCUCCGACUACAGCGUCUCUCCGCUGCUCGCCAUCCAGUAUACUCUGUUCCGCGGCGGAGGCCUCGCUCUCGGACUAAGUUGGUGCCACAUUCUCGCCGACUUCAUGUCCAUGGACCUGCUGGUGAAGCUCUGGGGUGAGGCUCACCGGAAGCAAGGCAAGCUCUCGUCACGUCCCACGUCCAGCGUCGACGUCACCUCGGCCGACGUCCAGCUCCCGCAGCCAUUCGCGCACACCAACUUGAGCAUCAAGGCGUCGGAGCUGGACACCCGCGUCUUCCACUUCGGCUCCAAAGUGGUCGAGGCGAUCACGCGCGAGUCCGGCGGCGGCGGCGGCGAGACGGAGGCCCUGUGCGCCGCGGUGUGGAAGGCCGUCGUCAAGGCGCAGGAGCAGCCGAGCAGCGGCAACUCGCGGUUGUGCUUGUGGAGCAACACCAACUUGGAGCGGAACCGCGGCUACUUUGGAAACUCUGCCACCGCCUUUAAGUUCGUGGACGCGGUCUCGCCGCUCGGUCAGUCCAGCGUGAGCGACGUUGCAAAGGCGAUCCAGCUGGGGACCAGGACCAACGGAUCCUACAAGUGCGCCUCCUCCUUCUUCGCCAACAACGUUCUCUUUUGCAACUGGGCCGCCAACGUUCCCGUCUACGACGAUGCCGACUUUGGCUUCUCCAAGCCGUUCUACGUCGAGUUCCUGGCGGCUCCGCUCUUCGGCGAGGGGAUGGUGACCAUCGCUCCCGGCCGCGAAGGCGGGCGCAGCAAGAGCGUGUGCGUGUCUCUUCAAUCCGAAGCCAUGAAGAGGCUGCUGCAGGAAAGUUAUUUUGGUAGCUCCUCCACCAAGCCAGCUAACGGCGUGAUCUCUUGACGCAUCACGCAUUUCUAAACUCGUUUGUGAAACGCUCCAAGAUCGUCCUAGGAGAGGCGAUGAAUCCCUGUAAUCUAUUUCUGCCAGAAAAAACGGGAAAACGUCCGUGCGUUUGGAAUGGAAUAAGAGAAGAUGAGGAAGUUCUCACCUCUAUAAUUGAGA